AUCCCCACCAGAGCCAAGUGAAAGUCGAAAAGUGUUUGCAAGUGAAAAUGAAUCUGCUCAUGGAUAGCAUGCCGUCGCACGCGAAUCCUGGCCAGCGUCGCUCCACGCCGCCACAGCACGCCGAGCUUAGGAUCUCCACAUCGCCGCAACAGUCACCGCCGCCGAAUCCCACGGCUAAUCACAAUAACAACAAUGAGACACCCACAUCGCCAGCCGGUGGCAAGACCACGCUGAAGCGCGCCUUCGAUGUGGCCUUCCUCAUGAUGCCCGACGAGCGGAUCAAGCAAAAGCAGGCCGAGAAGCAGGCUCGCCUCCAGGAGGCACUGCACCUCCACCACCAUCAUCACCACCAACAGCAACAGCAACAGCAACAGCAACAGCAGCAGCAGAUGAGCCACUAUCCCACGGAUUUGUCUCCUCGAGGAGCCACCUCGCAACCACCUUCGCCGGCGGCAUUGGAGUACAUCAGUCUGCUGGAGGCACGCCAGCGGUAUCCACAGAUCAGCAUUCGUUCGCCGCGGGUCUAUGAUGAUCCCAGUGUGGUCAUACCACUGGUGGAUUCGCCAGAGGCACCGUCAACCUCGUCACCACCACCGCCCAUGCGCAGCGCUUUCACCAAGGUGGCCUCCUCGUCGCUGUCCACCGCAUCCUCCUCGCCGUCGACCACGUCACGUUUGGAGUCACCCGUGGAUGUGGGAGCACCGCCCUUGAGUCCCGAUCAGCUGAGCUGUCACUCCAUAAGUCCGCCACUGGUGACACCACCACCCAGAACCAAUAGCGGUGGCCAGAAUCCAAAUCCCCUGCCAGCCAAUCCCAUUGUGUACCACAACUUUCGACCGGAGUAUCAGUUCAACGGCGCCUUCCAGGCGGUGAAUCCGAUGCAAGCUCUCCAAGCACAGCAGCGUCUCAAGCAGCAGCUGUUGUACACGCGUCCACCGGGACCGGCCAAUCCCAAUGCUGGAGGCGGUGCCUCUAUGCCGGGCAACUCGCCGCCAGGACCGCCGUCGGAGUUUCUGCAUGCCUAUCCCGGAUUUGCACCGCCACCACAUCCGUUUGCGGUAUCGCAACCGCUCCAGAAUCCCGCUGCAGCGGCCAUUCUCUCCACGCUGAUUCCACCCACUUUGGCAUCCACUUUCACGCUGACCGCACAGAAUGUGUGCGCCAAGUGCAACAUUAGCUUCCGGAUGACCAGCGAUCUGGUGUAUCACAUGCGAUCGCAUCACAAGAGCGAAGUGGCCUGCGAUCCAAAUCGCCGGAAGCGGGAGGAGAAACUCCGUUGUCCCGUCUGCCAGGAGACGUUCCGCGAGCGACACCAUCUCACGCGUCACAUGACCGCCCACCAGGACAAGGCCAGUGAUCACCAGCCGCAGCUGGAGGACGCAUCCUCUGCGGCCGGUGACAACGAGAUCAUCAACGUGGUUGGCGGCACACCGCCAGGUCGCCGAAUGGGUGGCAUGCCCAAAUGAUCCAAGCAUUUUUUCGGAUAUUUUUAAGUCAUCAAAUCGAUACACACUACACCGAAAACAAAACCCAUUGGUUUAGCCCAUAAUGCCCAUUUUCGAUUGUGAUAUUAACUUUAGUUUCCCUCGUGCAUCGUUUUCAUUUCCCCUUAGCUUUAAAUGUAGUGCAAUUUGUAUCUUAAACAUGUAACUGGAUCUCCCUGUAUCUCAAUUAAUUAUCAUUCUUAUCGAAGGAGCCGCAAGGAUCUGGAGUUUCGUCAUUGUAAGAUAUUAUGUUUAAGUUGCGAAUCUGCUUGUAUUAGCAUUCAAUG